UACUGUACCUCUCCUACCCGUGAAAAGGCAGAGGGCAGCUCUGUAGUAUAUACCAUGACAAAACAUACGUAAUGGAGUUAGAGGUAUACCAGUUUAAUAUAACUUUAAGAACAAUUUUUAGUUACUGACGCUCACAAUGACACAUGUCGCCACGAGGAGUGAACAAAGCGAGUCCCCGCCGCAUCCGUCCAUCACGCAUCCACGGCAACCGGUAAAUUAAUGGCCGCUGCGAACGAUAAAAUAAACAUCAUUACGGAAAAUCACUCACAUUUGCACAAACCGGCUGAUUAGAUUUAUAUUUUAAUUCAAUCGCGGGGCAUCCCUUUGGGAGAUAUCUGCGUCGCCUGUGUAAAGUGCAUCUGCUCGGCAGAACUUUGCAAUGGGGAAACAGAGCUGCGGGUUGCAGCGGGCCGGAUGAACCGGUACUUUAUACUGGCGCCGCGGACUUUAGGAGCGAUUUCAGUCAUUUCUCUGCAUUGCCAAAGAAAUUCGACUUUGUAUGGAACCAAAAGAUGCUGAAGACGGACGUGUGUUUUCAGGGUGCGUUUAUGUAACAGGGAGGGUGCAGAACGGAGAAGAAGCCUUUCUUCAAAAGUCGUUUCGUGUGGUGGAUAUUUUACAAGGAUUUCACUACAGAAACAGUUACCAGACUACGCUGGGAUUUAAAUUCCAGUCUUAUUUGGAAAAUCAAACACCCAAAAUAAGGACUUAUGAGUGGAAAAGUGGUGAAACCUAAAGAAGAAAAGGAUGCGUCCAAAGAGCCCCAGCUUAAGGGCAUUGUGACGAAGUUGUACAGCCGGCAGGGCUUCCACCUGCAGCUCCAAGCAGAUGGAACCAUCGAUGGGACAAAGGAAGAGGACAAUGGCUACACCAUGUUCAACCUCAUCCCUGUGGGGCUUCGCGUGGUGGCCAUCCAGGGUGUGCAGACCAAGCUGUACCUGGCCAUGAACAGUGAAGGUUACCUGUACACGUCGGAACACUUCACCCCCGAGUGCAAGUUCAAGGAGUCUGUUUUUGAGAACUACUACGUGACGUACUCCUCCAUGAUCUACCGGCAGCAGCAGUCCGGCCGGGGCUGGUAUCUGGGGCUGACCAAGGAGGGCGAGAUUAUGAAGGGUAACCAUGUGAAGAAGAACAAGCCUGCAGCCCACUUCCUGCCCAAACCUCUGAAAGUUGCCAUGUACCGAGAGCCAUCCCUCCACGACCUGACCGAGUUCUCGCGCUCCGGCAGCGGCACGCCCACCAAGAGCCGCAGCGCGUCCGGCGUGCUCAGCGGCAAGACGGCGAGCCAGACCGAAUCCACGUAGGGCGCGUGCGGCUCCACCGGAUCCUGCAGGCACCUCCGGAUUCCUGUUACUUCCAAGAAGAUCCUCCUGCCCUCUCCAGUCAACAGCAGUUCAGGACAGCAGACCAGAACGGCGAUACGUGCGAUAAUGACCAGUGGCGGGUUUCUCAGAUAAUCAAUGGCAACAGCAAGAAGAUAAACACAAGCCGAAGAAUUGCUGACUCGUCCAGUUGCUCGCUCCUGUGAAACAGAAACUUCCUGUCCUCCCAAGGUUUCUCCAUCUCUGUGACUAACUGCUCUUUUAACUUUUUUCUCAACCACCAUGGUGGCACUGAUCUGGAUGUUUGGGAGCCUGAUCUUUGACUCCUCCAUUCUGAGUGAGCACCCAGCACAUUUACCCAACACUGCCACCACAGAGGGCCACUCCUGGCAUGUUUAGACGUUGAGGGUAACAUCGGGGACAUUCAGGUGACUGAGAAUGGCAUAGAGCACACCAAGGACAGAACCUGAGAAUCCUUCCUUAAAGUGGCAGAAACAAUGGAUGCAGAGGAAAGGAAACUGAGAGAUCAAACAAAACAUAUUGAAAAUAAAGUAUGCAAGAAAAUCUGGUUUAGCAUUAGAGGGCAAACUGGUGGAUGUGCUGUUAUGUUAAAUGUUCUCAUGUGUUGAUCUUGUCAUCUUGUCUGGCCCCCUCUCUUAGUCUAAUACCCAGUCCGGUGUAUGUGUCAAGCUCAGCUCGCUCCCUUUCCAGAGAAUUUACUGGUCGACUUAUCACCAUGGUAACAUGGGGACAUCCCCACCCAGGGCACUAUUUUGGGUAUGAAUAAUUCAUCGUGGUCACAACUUUUCAUGGGGAAAAAAGUGUAAUUUUAGGUGGCUUAACCUUGUAUAGGAUCUGCCAUAUUUGUAAAUGUAAUAACAUGAACAUCAAGAUUUCCACAGGAUGUAGACAAACACAGACAGACAUGUCUCCGUGGCCAGAGUUUCUCUCUCUCUCUUUCCCUCUUUCCUUCCCUCUCUCUCUCUCAAAAUCAAAUCUCAUUUGCUCUCCGUCUCUCUCACUCACUCUCUCUCUCUCUCUCUCUCUCUCUCUCUCUCUCUCUCUCUCAGGAGGCUGCCUCUGGUUUGUUCCUGAUAUGUUUGUUUGUUUUGUUUAUGUGAUCUGUUGCAUGGGAGACAGUGGGGGAUUUGAUAUGACUAUAGCAUGACGUUGGCUACAUGUAACACUCAUGUUGAAUCAGGAUGAUGAACUUGCCGGUUUUAAGCCCGGGACUCUCUGUUUGUUAUGUCAUACACACAUGAAAUGCACUGAAUAAAAUCUUUAUUACGG